AUGAUGGAAAAUUGUUUAAAUCCAUGUAAACGAGUAAAAAUUCAGCCGGUGCCGAAAGUUAUUGGAGAUACAAACACCAACUCGAAGGAAAUACCGGAAAUAAAUACUAAUAUGGAAACAGCACCAUCUGCAGCUGGAAAAGAAGUCAAUUUUAAUGAAAUUGAAAAUGUCUUAACGGAUAUUCCAGCACCACCAAUUGAAGAACCUGCAACAUUAGCAGCAAGAAUGAAAGCAGCAGAUUUCGCUGUUACUGAAUAUAAAAGAGCUGAUGAAAGUGUUAAUCCACCAUGUUAUUUACCACAACCAGAAGAUUCAGCACCAGUAUGCAAUAAUAUUGAACCAAUGGGUCCAGUUGGUCCAUGGGCAACAGGAAAAGUUGAUUGGAGUCCUUUGGGUGGUUUAACUGGAACACGUCCUGUUGUUGAUCAAUAUUCAAUAACAAGAUACAGUACAAAUGAAUGGCGACAAAAGAAUAAAGAUAUUUUUAAUGAAGCAUUUAAUACUUUCGAGAAUGCCGCAAAAGUUAUCAAUGAUGGCAAGGAUACUAUAAAUAGAACCAAUGCUUUAAUAGAUAAGUCUCAGAAUGAGACAACAAAAAUGGUAAGAGAAAGAGCUCAAUUAGUUGCACGUUGGAAAGAAUCAUUGGAGAGGGCAAUUAAAGCGAUGGCUGAAGAAAUAUCAACAAUGGAAGUACAAAGAGCUCGCUUAAAAUCAUCACUAACCAUUCUAAAAACACCACAUCUAAUUGCCAGUGAAUGUCUUGCUUUGCGUUCAACUCGACCUGAUAAAGAACUUAUUCGUGACAGACCUGAAGAAGAAUUAAUCAGAGAACUUGCAAUGAUAUCUGAAAUUCGAGUACUUCUCGAGAAAACAUUGGCUGAUAUCACACAACAACAAAUUGAAAAUCGUGCAGCCAGAAACCGUUUAGAAUAUGAUUGGAGUGAUAAAAAAGAUGCAUAUGAAUUGGAAUUGCUUAAUGUUUCCUACAAUAAUUUUUCCAAAACCACUGUUUUCAGACCAGGAGCAACACGUCUCGAUGCAGAGCAAUCAUCUCAGGAAUACUGGGAACAUUUUACAAAAGAAACCUUAGAUGAAAGUGAACGGUGUAGACAAAUGUCUAUAAAUUUACGGAGCACUUUAGAUGCUCUUUUAAUGAAUGCUGCUCGAGAUCUUAGAAAUCAAGCGGAUACUGUUGAAAAAGCUUUCCAUGAGAGAAUUGAUUGCAUGCAGGAAAAUGUUAAUCGACUCGAAAAUGAACUAAAAUAUUGCCUUCAAACAUUGGCCGACACCGAAAAUAGAAUUAUAGCUUUGCGAGAGGGUAUGGUGUCUUUGGAUAAAGUUGCAAAAUUAACUCAAUCAAGAUUAUAUAAUAAAAAUAGUCGACCACAUGUUGAAAAUUGUCGUGAUCAUACAUUAAAUGGUCUUGUUAAUGAAGUUAAAAUUACACAAGAUGGUGUUAGUUCAAUAUUAGCAGCAAUGGAACAGUCUCAACAGUCCAAGUUGCGUUUAAUGAAUACAAGAAGUGACUUGGAGCGUGAUUUAAUGUUAAAGAAAAGAUGUUUAGUAAUUGAUCGUCAACGUUGUAUGCUUUUAAGAUCACUUUUUCCAUCAACUAAGACUUUGACUGGAUUAUAAGAAUUCCUUU